AUGUCAGUUAGUUACGUUUCAAUCGUUGCUGAGAUCACAGAAGCCAACAUGAAGUUCGCCGUUGUCGUAGUCCUGUUCGCUUUGGCCUGGGGAGUCAACUGCUCGGUCGUGCCCCUGCUGACCGCCGCCCAUGGUGGUGUAGUGAUUGGUGCCCCCGCCGUUGCCGGUUCCGUGGCCAUCCAGGCCUCCGCCGUGCCCGCUGCCGUGCCACUUGCCAUCGCUCCCCAGGGACCCGUUCUUAUCCAGUCCGGCCCGGCUGUGGUUGCCGCCCCUGCUCCCGCUGUGGUGGCCGCCCAUGCUCCCGUCGUCCUGGCUGCCCCUGCCCCCGCCGUGGUUGCCGUCGCUGCUCCGGAGGCCAGCUAUGUGGCCAAGACCCGUGGUGCCGUCCAUGUGGCUCCCCUGCCCGGACACAUCCAGUCCGCUGCCUCCGUCAACCUGGAACCCGCACCUGGAACUUUGUAAAUCGACCCACUCCCGAAUAUUUCCAUGAACAUGAACGACCCCUGUACUGUACUCGCAUCUUUCCUUACUUUUUUUGGUUUUGUUCUUUCACUCCUGGGAUCCUCGUUGAGGAUCAAAUUUCUACAGCAAUCUAAGUCAGUCCUAUCCAGUUCUAAUGCUUUCCGCUUUAUUUUCUGGUAUACAUAUUUAUCCAACCCACUGUUGUCACCUGGAAAUUUGUUUCUUUAUAAAUAAAACAGAAAAAAUGUUGUUAAAACAAAAAAA